AUGCAACUAGCGUUUCUGGACUUUGAAGCCGCGUUCGACUCUCCUCACCGAGGCUGUCUUCUCAACGCGCUUCGCGCCGAUGGAGUACCAGGAAAGUUUGUUCGCUUGCUUGAUGACAUGAAUCAACGAACAACUGCUGCAGUUCGAACACCAGGUGGAUGUACAACACCGUUUGAAGUGGUAACUGGAUGUCCUGCCGACAUUGUCUUAGCACCAUCAGGGUGCCCCUUGGCUGACCUCGAGUACGCCGACGAUGUUGUUAUAUUCGCGGAAAGCAGUACGAAACUUCAACAUGUUAUUAACCUUGUAUCGAAGCUGGCUGCAGCCUAUGGACUACGCCUACACCCUGAUAAAUACAAGCAGAUGUGGAUCUCUUCGAGACCUCGAACGGGAAUCAGGGUGGACGGACAACCGAUAGAACUUGUCGAUGAGUUCUGUUACCUGGGCUGUACGCUGAAGAACAACAGCAGCUACGAGAGAGAUAUUCAGCAAAGAUGCGCUAAGGCUACUUCUGCAUUUAACUACUUAACGAAAUGCCUGUGGUCGACUCCCAUCACCAACGAAGUCAAGCUACGAGUCUACCUAUCCGCAAUUCGCCCCAUCAUGAUGUACGGAUCGGAGACUUGGGCAGCACCAUCAAUGGUUAUGGAGAGGCUUGACUGCACGGAACGAAAGCUGCUUAGACGGCUACUUGGCUACUUUUGGCCUAGGGUAUGUCACAAUGAAGAUCUUUACGCAGAAAUUGAUGUGGUAUACCGGCGAAUGACACGUGGAAGACAUCAACAUCUUGCACCGCCAUCGAAAGUGGCUAAAGUAAAUCGUCUUCGCUUCUUUGGUCAUAUAUUAAAGAGACCGACAGAUCGCCUUGUCCAACGAGUUCUGAGUAGUUCGUCGGGUUCGAGCGGGAAGAAGCCACCUGGCCGAAAACGAAAGUUCCGGACUGAGGUGGUGAAAGAGGACCUGAGGAUACUCGGCGUGGAUAGGUAG